CAAGAUAUGAAUUAACUACAGAAAUGAGGCGUGCCCAGGCGCACCUGUAUGAGCGAGUGGUUCGCGGGGAUGAUGACAUUGAACUACUGUUUCAGAAAUACAAAGGAAUCCUCGACACGGACAUUAUUGUUUGUUCCAAUUUUACCUGUAAUUGUGGACGAAACUUCUUUGAGAGCCACCCAUUAAAUCACGGGAAUGCUUUGGAGGAAGGUUUAGAUACUGUGUUGGACUUCAUAACACGAGGAAGUUGCUCCUGUGGAGCAGAAAAUCCAAGCCACUUCAAAAAUCACUUUUCCUCCCUACGAUUGGUCCAUGCUGCUGCAGGGUUUGGACACACAAAAAUUCUCUCAUUGUUGAACAAAUAUGGCUGCAACAUGAAUGCUACAACAGAACAAUGUCAGAGAACACCUCUUUCCUAUGCAGUGCGGUCUCGACAAUUAGGUGUCAUAGACUACCUGAUUGGUUUAAGACUGGAUGUUAACGUUCCAUUUCUUAUAGACAAUACCAGUCCAAUGCAUGAGGCCAUACAGUUACGUUAUGUGGAUGUUGUAAAAAAGCUAUUAAAAGCCAAGACUAUUAACAUAAACCAGAAAAAUGCAAAGGAUGAGUCCCCUCUUAUUCUUGCUGCCAAGUACCACUUACACGAGGCAUUUCUUGCUCUGCUUGAAGCAGGGGCGGACUGCAAUAUCCAGGACAGAAAAGGCAACACUGCUCUGAUGAUGGGGGUGGUCCGUGGUAUGGAGUAUGUCAAGCCACUGAUAGAAAAAGGGGCUAAAGUUAACAUUAUAAACCACAGGGAUCAGUCUGCCUUAUCAUUUGCCCUACACCUGGAAAACACAGAAAUGGUGUCAUACUUGCUUGAGAAUGGAGCUGACCCUGACGUCAUGUCAAGUGAUGGCACUCCACCCAUUGUUUUUGCCAGUAUUACAGGUGCAUAUGAUAUCACUCAGAAGCUGGUUAAACAUGGAGCAAAUGUGACAUCUAAAAAUGUACAAGGCUAUACUGCCCUACAUGUGGCUGCUUGGAAUGGAUACUGCAACAUUGUGCAGCUGCUUCUAGACUCAGGAAUGAGUCACGAUACACGCACAGAAGAUGGGAACACCCCUCUGUCACUGGCUGCCCAUGGAAACCAUACUGCUGUGAUCGAUAUGUUGCUCCCUCUGGGCUGUAAUGUCAACAAUGCAGACAAGGACGAUGAUACCCCACUUCUUUAUGCUUCUUUUAACAAAAAUCUGGAAAUGGUCACCAAAUUAGUCAAUGCUGGUGCCAACCCAGAUUGUAAGAACAAGCAUAAUACCACGCCUCUGUGGAACGCGGUGUAUAAAAAUGAUCUGAGUACAAUCAAGUAUUUAAUUGUUAAGAAUGUGGAGCUUGAGGUGGUCUCCUGUGGAAUAGAUCAGCAUGCCCAGUCUGAUGUGGCUACCUUGAUUUACCCAGAACCCCGCUCUGUGAUAUAUGUGGCGGCUCACCAGACCAGUAUUGACGUUCUGAUGACUCUAACUCUGGCCGGGUACAAUAUCUACCGGGAGAGCUGGAUCACAGCCCGGGAAUUCCCCGCUGACAGUCCUAUCCUCCACAGACAACAACAAAUGUUUUUGAAUAAUUUUGCCACCUCACCUCCAAGCCUUUUGGCCAUCUGUCGGAACUUUUUUAGAAGAAGAUUUAGGAGGAAUGUCAUUCCUUGUGUUAAUUCACUUGACAUUCCACAGGACCUGAAGGACAAUCUGACCUUGAAAUAUUUCAUUUCUGAAGAGUUCUUUAAAAUGUAGAGAUUCCUUUAGGUCUAAAAGAAAAAAAACCCUGUGUUUUAUUUUACCAGUGCUCUUUUUAAUAUACCUGUGUACAUAGUUUCUUAACAUGAAGUGAAUUACUAGAAUAUUUAUUAAGAAAAUUGCUUAAUGUGUAUGUUAAGUGUAAAUGCAAUGCAGAGUUUUUCUUUGUACAUACCGAUAUUUAUUUAUUUUUUUCUAGAAUGAAAAAUCAAUUCCCUCCCCAAAUACACCAUGUAGAUAUAAAUUUAUUAUUGCUACUGUUAUUAAAUUUUGAGGGUUCUUUCUGAUAGUUUUAUCAUACUUUCCUGAUUUUUGAUGUUUGCAUGCAUGGUGUACAGCACCUUAUUUCAUUACAAUUAAUCAUUAAGAUUUUUUUAAAUUUAUCUGAAUCUCCACUUUACCAGUAGUAAAUGUAUUGAGUGAGCCUGUCUGUUUAACCUCUAUCCACUGGUAAUUAGGAAUCCAAGUAAUGAUUUUGCUUUCAAUUAUGAGGAAGAAAGACUGAUAAUGGCCCACACUACUUUACAAGUGGAAAUAUUAGCAAGACCCAAAUUUAAUUAUUUGUCCUGAAAUAAUGAUUCAUAAUUUUUGUGAUUUUAUGAAAUUUAGAAAUACAGUGGUUCAUUGUAAGUUCCAAUGCGAUAGGAAUUAUUAGCAAUAUUUAAUUUUAACAAUUAUAUCAAAAUCCUUACUAAUACAUGUAAUGCAAAAAUUGAUUCCUUGCUAAAAUUUCUGCUUAUACUGUAUAUAUUCAGCAUGGAGGACAAAGAUCAAGGCAAUGGACUUAUUUAAUUUUAUUGUAUUUUUAGCUCACCUGUCGAGCCGAAGGUGAAUUAAGUAGCUUUUCUGAUAAAAAUUUAUCUGUUGUCUAUCCUUGUUGGUGUCACUUUAUUAUAACAUUAUCAUCUUCUCAAGAAAAACAUGCAAAUUUCAACCAAACUUGGCAGGGAUUAUCAUUAAGAAAAAGGGAUUGAAUUUUUGAUAAAUUAUUUUCUAUGGACAAUUCUAAGGAGAGUUAAAUUAUAAAAAGGCAAAAAUAGGGUGGAAUCAUUUCAAAAUCUUCAAAAACGGCUGUAGAAAAAUAUGAAACUUCAGUGAAAGCUUCUUGACAAAUUGUAUAGUUAAAGAUUCUUCAAAUUAUGAUCAUUGGAUAGGUAUUGAUGUCAAAUUGACAGGAAUAUACAGG